CAUGAGAUUCUGAGAUUGUACCUCAUGUGAAUGUCCUGUGAAAAUCCACUCUGGUGUAAUAUGGCAUAACUUCCUGGGUCAUCCGCACAGAAAGCAGUUGUUUACCACUUUGUUUCUGAGCUUUGACGAAACAACCGAGAGAAAGAAAAGGUGGCUCAUUUUGUUUCAAAUAAAAGGAAAUGUAAAUUUCGCUCAAGGAUGUAUGCAGCCAAGUCUGUCCUGUGUUGGAUCAUAAUUCUGUGCUGUUGGCAGGAAACUCUAGCCAAACCUACAAUCUCCAUGCAGAACAGAACCAGAGUGGCACUAGCAGGGGAAAGUCUUGACUUCCAACUGUCAGUUUUGAUCCCAGCAAACUACACCACUAGUAAACUUGUAUGCUACCACACCCAGAACAAGACGAAAAUUUGGAAUAAAGAACUUAAAAGUGAAUUUUAUGAAAAAAGACAUUCGGUGAGUGCACGUAUCAACAUGCACGAUAGCUCCAGUUCUGGCAAUUACUACUUUAGUUAUGCAAAUCAGGAAGUGCAUUGGGUGGUACAUGUGAGAGAUAAAGGUUAUCAGCAGCCACCUGAGGAGUUAGACAAUGCCAUCAUCAUAAUGAUGGCAUUCUCAGGAAUGCUUCUCAUCUUCACUGUUGCUGGGUCACUUUACAUAUUAAAGAUCUACAAGGUAACACUUGGCUACACAUUGUGGUCGAAACACCCUCCUUGUAGAGAUGACAAAAAUGAAGUUGCAGAGCAGAGACCAGGGGAGAGUGAUGAAGUGAUUUUGGAUGAAGAUGCUGCAUCUGCAUCACUCUACACACACUGCAAAACACAAGAAGAGGAUGUAUUUGAGUCUGUGUAUGAAAACCUGUCAAUAAACAGAUGA